AGUGGUCUAAUGGGCACCAGCACCGAUGGUGAUGCGUUGAAUUCUCAACUUUAUCCAAACCUGAACCUGGAAUUGACAAGCAACACGUCCUUUAUCACUCCGCAACCCGUACAAUAUUCACAGACAAGCACCAACGACGCUUAUUCAUCGAUCAAUGUGCCCAAUGAGGGAACAAGUAAAGAAAUUUCACAAAACCUUGAUUGGAUUACCGAAGCAGAGUCCAAUACGCACAACAUCAACUUCGGUAUGCCCGUUGAACAGUCAUUCCUACCACCCGCCAGUGUUCCUUCAACAGCUUCAGUAUCCACGCCGCCGUUCAUCAUAUCCACUCCACCCACAGAUGAGAAUCCAAGUGUCCAAUACCCAAAUUUCAACUUCAACCAACAACAGGUUGUUGGAGAUCAAUCAAACUUCCUACAGCCCAACUUUCAAGGCUCACAAUUCGAGCAGCUGCGGCAGCUGAGUAAUACUGGUUCGCUGAGUGACCUAUCCAGUGUUGACGGUGGCUCGCCAUAUCUUAGCGCGUAUUCUGGCUCAAACUAUGGAGGUGAUGAUGUCCAUUCAAAUGUGCUGCUGGAAGACCUUAACGGCGACUCAACAGAGCAAAACCCACAGAUAGACUUCUUAAGCUUGCAGUUGGAUUCGUUGAGUCAGAACGGUGUGUUACCAGUUACGCCUGUGACCAUAUCCGUCGACGAGGCACCUGAAGAUGUUGCUGAGAGAACACCAUCUCUUUUCUCGUCGAAUGCAUCAUCUCGCAACAACUCGCCUAACCACUCCCGUAGUGGGUCGAUGCACUCUACGACUAUUAAAUCUGGUCAUUUUUCCGAUUUACUUUCACCAGAUAUGGGCGAAAGCUACAACAAUAGCCACGGUGGAUCCAACAGCAGUGACAACGGGAGUGUUAGCGGAGAGAAUGAGCUGUUGAGACCAGAUUCACAUCAGGAAAUGCGAGCAGGACGUCAACGUCGGCACUCAACAUCACGUUCCAACUCACGGUCAGUUUCAAGGGAACGUUCACCUUCGGUUAACCGUGAAAAGAUGUUGGAGUUAGCAUC